UUUUCUUCAUUUUGCUAAAAUUAACCCUUAUUCGACAGGAAACAAACACAAACAUUCUAAAACGAAACUAUAAGUCAAAAUCAAUAUCAAUUAUGACAAGCAACAUGCUAGCUGGGUGCUAAAUCGAUCAAAGUGCAUUCCUUCCGCUUCAUUUCGUGAGGACAACAAAUAGCAGUUGAAAACUAUAGAAAUAUCGACCUCGUCCUAUUGCAUGAGUGGAGUAAAUCAAUUUUCCAGAAUAAAAGUGCUCCGGAAAAAGUGCAGAAACGAUGGAGUUGGAUUACCACAGCACAUUUUUGGUUCUACUAUUGAGAACUUACUCGUUCUGGCUCAUGACUUCGACCUGUUGGUCUUUAGAUUUACGUUGUUCUAAAUGCAUUCAUAUGGAAUCAAGUAGUUUUUAUGCAUCAUUCGUAAAAUUGCCAACCGAUCCAUUAUGUACAAAGGCGAACUAUGGGAAUUUGGAAAAUGCGACUAUUGUAUCAUGCCCAGAAAAGCCCAGUGGUCAUGAUGAGAAAAGGUUCAUAUGUGGGGAUAUGAGAGGGAAUCUAACGGCAAAUAUCCAAACAAAACUGCUUGGAAUUGACAUGAAUGUCAAUGUUCAGGGCAGUCUUUUCUAUCGAGAUUGCAUCCUGGUGGACACAAACGUUGUUGAGGGUUGUCAGCAGAACGUCAUAGGACCGAUGGAGAAAGCUGCGCUACAGGAACUUGGUCUAACUAACGCCAAUGUAACGAUUACUAACUUCCAGGGUUCUACCUGUCUGUCAGCACCCCUCGAUGAUUCACAGGAUUUGUCAACAGAUUAUCAGACAGUCAAUGAAGCAACCCCUGUCAACCGAAAUCCAACAUCCGGGUCAAACACAGUUAACCUUCAAUCAAGACAUGUUGUCACAACUACCGGUAUAUUGUUUUAUGUUUAUUACGUCAUAUCAAGAUAGGUAGCUGGAUGGAUGGAUGGAUGUGUAAAUAAUCGCUGACUUCCAAAACUCACAAUAUUUUUUUUACUUUUGUUACAGUAAUUUUAAUUCAAUUGUUUGAAGAGAUGCAGGUUGUUUAAAAGAAAGCAUUGCUUCGAUCAAUCACCGUUCGUAUGUCAAUAAAUCUUGUGUUUUCUCUUU